GUCAACUCCAUGCCUCCCCCUACAACUACUUCCUUUGCUCCAGCUCCAGCUCCAGCGAAUCAAGCUCCUUCAGAACCGCAGCAACCUCAGCCGGCUAAUCCUUCUGCUCCGACCAGACAGAGCACACGACAACGAAAAUCAGUUCAAAAGCUUAACCUUCACGCAAAAGUUGUUCAAACAACUGAAACGCCUCCUACGACAGUUGCUCAAGCUCUAAAGAGUCCCCACUGGCGAAAAUCCAUGACUGAUGAAUACAAUGCUCAAAUGGGUAAUCAUUCUUGGGAUCUAGAGAACUUGACUGAUGAUUCUCAGUUUAAUGUUGUAGGUUGCAAAUGGAUAUUCACAAUCAAGAGGAAUCUGGAUGGGACGAUUGCGAGAUACAAAGCUAGACUAGUUGCGAAAGGCUUUACACAAAAACCAGGGAUCGACUACCAUGAAACCUUCAGUCCGGUAGUCAAACCAGCCACCAUUCGUAUUGUCUUGAGCACUGCAAUCUCCGCAAAUUGGCCCAUUCGCCAACUUGAUGUGAACAACGCUUUUCUACAAGGCACACUCAAAGAUGAAGUCUACAUGGUGCAACCAACAGGGUUCAUCAACAAAGACAACCCCGACGCAGUCUGCAGGCUUCACAAAGCCAUCUACGGCCUGAAACAAGCUCCCCGAGCUUGGUACAAUGAACUCAAACAGUUUCUUCUUCAGGCGGAAUUUACCAAUUCCUUGGCUGAUGCAUCAUUACCGAAAACAGGGAGUUUUUCUUUACAUGCUUGUUUAUGUUGAUGAUUUGAUAGUAACUGGAAAUAGUUCUUCUCAUAUGUCUCAGUUCAUUGCCUCACUUUCUCAACGAUUCUCACUUAAAGAUUUAGAUGAUCUGUCAUUCUUUCUUGGUAUAGAAGUAAUGCGAUCCUCUAAAGGCAUGCUACUAACUCAAACUCGCUAUAUUGCAGAUUUUCUUCAUAGGACUCAUAUGGAAACAUGCAAACCCGUUGCGACCCCAAUGUGCGCCACUACACCAAUCACUCUCUUCUCUGGAACUCCCCUUGCUGAUCCCACAGAGUAUCGAGCUGUUGUAGGCAGUCUCCAAUAUCUCUCUCUCACCAGACCGGACAUCUCCUUUCCGGUGAACAAGAUGUCUCAAUACAUGCACAAACCAACCGAUGAACACUGGAACGCAGUCAAGAGAAUACUGAGAUAUCUUUCUGGUACGAUGACCAAAGGCAUUAUGCUUUACGCAAACAACACUCCAUCCCUUCAUGCCUUUACCGACGCGGACUGGGUAGGCAACAAAGAUGAUUAUACCUCAACUGGUGCAUACAUAGUCUACCUUGGCCUUAAUCCCAUAGCCUGGUCCUCCAAGAAACAGAGUGGAGUCUCCCGCUCAUCGACAGAGGCAGAAUAUCGCUCUUUAGCCUCUACAACAGCCGAAGUUUGUUGGGUCACUUCACUCCUAACUGAACUUGGCAUCAAGUCUCCUACAACACCGGUCAUCUACUUUGAUAAUAUUGGUGAAACGUACUUAGCGGCCAACCCGGUCUUCCACUCACGCAUGAAGCACUUGGCACUAGAUUAUCAUUUUGUCAAACAAUACAUACAGGCAGGCCAACUUCGAGUCUCACAUGUCUCUACUCAUGACCAACUUGCAGAUGUUCUUACUAAACCUCUUCCUCGGCCUGCAUUUGAGACACUAAUGCUCAAGAUCGGACUCUCUACCGUCCGUCCGUCUUGUGGGGAACCAAAGGAACCUUCAGUAGGGAGACUGAGCGGGAGAACGAGAGUUGUACCAUACAGUUGAUACAAGGACACCUUUGUGUCACUUUCCACUUUUUGGUUUUCGACUUUUGGAGUUGAAUUUGAGGAUGUCCAAAGACUAGCUAAUGGUUAUGUAGAGCAUCCUCCUAAAUUCUUCUAUACUGGUUCUCUUUGGAAGCAUUCAGACGUCAAUAAUGAGGAACCUCAAGGACGCCGAACUAUUGGUAACCUGACUCAACUCAACAGCGAGAUCACAUGUUUUCCUCAUUAAAUUGCUGAUCUGCCCGUCGAAAAGAGAAGUGAUGUUGUUUGGGGACUUCAAGCUGAGAGGAACUCUGUUGACCAAAGCUCCCAAAGGUUGGGGAUGACAUACUGCACUACCCUUCGACGAUUUCAACGAACUUAACCAGAAUGGUGCUAUUAGAAUCACGGCCCUGAU